CCAAAGAUUAUAAAAGAAUUGGUGAAGGAGAUACUGGCUUAAAUACUGGUGGAAUGGGAGCGGUGUCGCCAGUUCCAUUUGCUGAUGCAGCUUUCAUGCAAAAAGUGGAAGAAUUGGUAGUAAAACCAACUUUGGCAGGCCUUCAGGCAGAAGGGAUUCACUACGUUGGCUUCAUUUUUAUUGGUCUGAUGAACGACAAUGGCAACCCAAUGGUGAUAGAAUACAAUGCUCGUAUGGGAGAUCCUGAAACCGAGGUUGUAUUACCGCGAAUCAAAACCGACAUGGUACGUUUGCUACAGGCGGCUGCCGAUGGGAAAUUAGACAAGAUCAAGAUCUCAGUAAAUCCAAAAUCAGCAGUUACUACCAUGGUUGUGGCGGGUGGUUAUCCAGAAGAAUACAAAAAGGGAGAUUUGAUGGAAAUACCUGAAGCUGAUAAAGAUACGAUUGUUUUUCACGCUGGUACAAAAAGUACUGAUUCAGGUGUUGUGACCAACGGUGGC